AUGUUUCCGCCCCUUGGAUCCUCUUCUUUCUUAACCACCAUCCUCGUCAUAGCCACUUCUUUGGCUACCCUUCCGAAGGAUUCACGGCAAACGGCGUAUUCGACGGAAGAACGUUUGGCAGUUAGACAGAAGCCUGGCUGCAUGUGCUACUAUGUGGCGCCCGAGAAAGAAAAAUCGGAAAAUUCGAUCGCCUUGUUGUCACCUCAAGCACUAACUGAGGAGGAGGGUGGAUCUUUUAUCGCUUGCAGUUUUGGUGGCCAUAGAUGCGACCACGACGGCCAAAUGCUCAAUUUAAACGCUGUACUCCAAGAGAAGAUAACCUUUAGAUCUGUAGACUAUGCCGAUCCUGGCCGCUUCUCCUACCUGGAUCGUUCCAUGUCAGACCGUAGAGGAGGAAGGGUGCAUGAUAUUAGGUCUUUAGAAGCUGUUGGUCUUUUGGAGUCCGAGCAGGCGCUUAAUGUAAAGCAUGACAUGUGCGCAGACUGGCACUGGAAGUCAGCCUUUCCGCUAUUAACACCGGACGCGAGGGCCACCGCAGAACGUAUUGUCAAUGUCAUGGAAGCGGAGACUUAUUUGACGCUUCGGGUUGAAGAGAUUUUGUUUCCCUCAAAAUGCCUGAUGCAAGCUUUCCUCCUCAUAGAAACCGGACUGCGUCAUUUUGCAACAGCUUGGGUGGCGAAUGAAAAAUCUGUCCUCUUCUUCGUUCUCUAUGAUCCUUCAGCGCAGCCAUUGCACCGACUGAGAUAUGAAUGUGUUCCUCAUCCCUGCAUCUUUCCAUUUCAGACCAAAGAGCAGGGAAGGGGCACCGAAGUAUGUCACAAAGUACCAGACGAUCAGGCGGAAAACUCACUUUGUGGCAAUUUGAUGGGGGCAGUUUUCGGCGCACCAAUUGAGUUCCAGGAACAAAGUCUUCGGCAGCCUGGCGUUCCGCAUGUCUUGGUGGUAUUGAUUCAGAAACUAGAAGCCCUCAGAAUUAGCUCUGCUGGCCUGUACAGCGAUUCACCGAUGUCCCUCAGCCUAUAUACAAAAAUGCACCUGAUCAACACUUACCCUAUCGACGACCUCAUCAGGAUGCGUCCAGACAUUUUUAAGGACCCUGGCGACCUAGCGGUUUUGAUCCUUCGCUACGUUGAGCUUCCGCCCCGGAGACUCAUUGAGGGCAUCGACGGUUGUAUCCCUGAUACAACGGUGAACCUUGACCUGGAGUAUAGACAGGACGCAACUUGCCUGUGCUUUACAGAUUUUCGACGCUCCGGCAACCUCGUUACAGUUCAAGGCAUAAUCGGCGACAACAUCAGUGCCCUCGGCCACCUCUUCCGUCAUUUCCACAGGGUCUGGGAAGCGUUAGCCGACCAGUGCUCCCCAGAGGAGGUGGUCCGCCUGUUUAGUCUCCUGUCUCGUACGGUGUGUGGGCAAACGGAGAAGGAAGUUGUGCAGGUGAUUUUCGAUUUCAUCAAUGACUGGCCCCAUCUCAGGCAGAAUAUUAUUGAGGGUCUGCAAGACGUCCUGCUGGCGGCGACUCUGGAUCCAUGA